CGCUUCUCAGAUCUAAAUUAGCGAUUAGGAAUUGCCUCAGCUCAGAGGUUAGCCUGGUCGCAGAAAAAUAAAAAAGAUGUCACCAAAACAGGACGAAAAGGCCGAUAGCCGGGCUUACAGCAACGACGGGUACGUCAGCGAUUCGAACGAGAAAUGCGCUACUAACGGGAAAAACAAUCUUUCGAUAGACUUUUUGAAAAAAGGAGUUCCGAAAGAGUCUGAAUCCGGAAGUAACGACGUCGUGGAAAAGGGAGAAUCGUUCGAAUUCGACGAUUUGUUACCCCACUUGGGCGAGUUCGGCAGGUAUCAGAAAAUCUUGUUUUUGCUGAUGAUACCGUUCGCGUUUUUUGUGGCAUUUGUUUAUUUUACUCAGAUCUUCAUCACGAUCCUUCCUGAGAAGUAUUGGUGUCGAAUACCAGCUCUAGCUAACCUUACUGUGGAAGAAAGAUUGGCCUUGGCCAUACCAGAAGGACACGGCGGCUAUGACAGAUGCCGAAUGUAUGACGUGAACUUCACGGAAAUGCUCAGAAGUGGAGUGAAAGAAGCGGAUCCUGGGUGGAAUACGGUAGCCUGCAAAUAUGGGUGGGAGUACGACUUCAGCGUGGUACCGUACGCUUCAAUUUCAUCAGAGUUAAACUGGGUCUGCGAGAACUCCGCCCUACCUAAUACAGCUCAGGCGAUAUUUUUCUGCGGCGCCAUCCUAGGUGGCCUCGUCUUCGGAUGGAUGGCUGACAGAUUCGGAAGAAUACCUGCUCUUAUGGGUUGCAAUUUGGUUGGACUGUUGGGAGGAGUCGCUACCGCUUUCUGUCACUCGUUCUGGGCAUUCUGCGUCUGUAGAUUUCUGGUGGGAAUGGCGUUCGACAACUGUUUUACUAUGAUGUAUAUCUUGGUUUUGGAAUAUGUCGGACCAAAAUGGAGGACCUUCGUAGCCAAUAUGUCCAUAGCGAUAUUCUUCACUUUUGCUGCCUCUAUAUUGCCGUGGAUAGCCUAUUACUUAGCCGACUGGAGAUUGCUUUGCUAUGCCACAUCUGCGCCUUUAGUAAUCGCUGUAUUUACCCCUUGGUUGGUACCUGAAUCUGCUAGAUGGUUGGUAUCGCAAGGGCAGACGAAAAAGGCCAUAGACAUACUAAAAAAAUUCGAGAAAGUGAAUAAAACUCAUAUUAGUGAGAAAAUGUAUGAACAAUUUCGUAUUUCGUGCGAAAAAGCCCAACAAGCUGAAAAUAUGGAAAGAAAAUACACCGUCAUAGACCUUUUCAAAACACCACGACUACGAAAAAUCACCUUGAUUCUGGUUGUCCUGUGGAUGGCUAUAUCCUUGGUCUUCGAUGGACACGUCAGAAAUGUGGAAACGCUCGGUCUAAACACCUUCUUAACCUUCACCAUAGCCUCCGCCACUGAAUUUCCCGCUGACACGUUUCUGACGUUUGUUCUGGACAUUUGGGGAAGGAGAUGGCUUGCUGCCGGAUCUAUGAUCGUCAGUGGUAUCUUUACACUGUUUGCUAUUGCUGUACCUUUAGGUAUUCCAUCUGCGACAUUAGCCAUCAUGGGCAGAUUUGCUAUCAACAUAUCAUACAACAUUGGACUCCAAUACGCAGCUGAGAUCCUACCAACUGUAGUCAGAGCACAAGGGGUCGCCCUCAUUCAUAUCAUGGGAUAUGUUGCCAGUAUUAUAGCUCCGUUUGUUGUAUAUUUGGCAAAUGUAUCCACAUCCUUACCUCUUUUGAUUCUCGGAGUGUUGGGUAUCUUGGGAGGACUGUUAGCACUAUUCUUACCAGAAACUCUAGAUCAAGAACUACCACAGACAUUACAAGACGGAGAAAACUUUGGAUUAGGUCAAAAGAUGUGGGACUUCCCGUGCAUAAAGCCGAGAGACGCAGAAGAACCUAUCGAAGAGUUUUAUAGAGCAACUUCAGUAAGACUGUCUAGAAGAUCUACCAGAGCUUCGUUCAGAGGUGAAGCAAGAUCCAGCAUGUUGAACAGAGCAUCUAUUAGAUCUCGAAAAUUAUCGGAAGUUCCAGAUAAUAAGGUCUAAUCUAAGGAAAUAUUUUUAUUACAUAUACUAGACUGUGAUUUCGCUAUUAUUUUUCUUCCUAAAACGACACAGGACCGAGAGAGUUAUCAAUAACAAUGUGAAUAUAAAAUGGCUUCUAAGAUUCUGAAAUGUAUUUAAUGAUAUGUUGGUUGCAUAACCUACAGUUAAAAAACAAAAAUGUAUCACAAUUAUUAUUCUUUUAUGGGCAAAUCGGCACUGAACAAAUUUGUGAUUGGUUAUUAAGUUGAUUGAUAGAAUAUAUCUAUUCUAAUUGAAUUGGCACAGUUUUCAUUUACUCAGCUGAAGUUUUAUUAUUUAUGGUUGCUUUUGGAUUCGUUCUUUAUUCCUGGUUACAGGUUCCUUUAAAAAACAAUGCAUCAGGGAAACAAUCGUUUAUAUCAAACUGUGUUAGUUGUAAAUCAAGCAUGACUUCGUAGUAAUAUCUAGUAUCAACACUAAACGUUCGUAUGUUCUCUGACAAAACUAUAAUUUAAACUGUCUGUUUUGUGUAAAUGGAUUUCCAAAUCACCUUGUUUUUACUGUUCUUUAGUAUGUAGUUUGAAGUCUUUAUCAUAGAUGGCGCUACUGUCAGCGUGUCGAUGCAAGGUUGCAAAUUGUUGGGCUAUAGCCUGAACUGGAAUUUUUUUGUUAUCGCUUCUCGGCCUCUGGCUAAGAUCAAAGUGUAGUAUCUGUUCUUAUCAGCUUAAUAUCUGAUACGCCCCGCAUGCGGGGCCAGUAUAUUAAACUGAUUUUUGGAAUUAGAUGGAAGGUUAAGGGGCUUGCUCCACUUCUAUCACGGGUUGGCCCGGUAUUGCAGUACCGCCGGGAUCGGCCCACAAAAAGUAAUCAAAACAAAAUUUUCUGUAGUAUUUAUACAGGGUGGUGAAUCGUCAAACGGGCCAUAGGAAACUCAAUGGGAAAUUCUAAAUUGUUGAAUUCCUGCUUCCCU